GACUGGAACCUCAGCUCACCGCACACUGUCACCUGAAACGCCCAUCAAGUUAUCAAAGAAGGCAAUGUAAAAACCCCAGGUGUAUCUUCUUGUAAGGACCCGGACUGUUGAACCGGAAAGCGAAAAGUACAAGUGUUACAACUGACCUUCGACCCGCGCUCCGCCAUCGGUCGCCUGUUUAUUUAAAUGGUGCGUCCCCUCGGGUGCCACCUGGUAACAUUUAGGCCCAGCGCUCCCGGCGGAUUCGCGGGACGCGGCUGGAGGCGCCAGUUCUCCCAGGUGUCCGCGGCGCUCGGCGACCCCGGCCACCCCGAGCCCGGCACCCCGGUGAGGGCUUGGCGUGGCUAGACGAGCUCGGCCGGCUGCGGUGGGUGCAGAGGCCUCCGCGCCUAGCCACGUCCCCCCCUUCGCGGGGCGCUCGGAGCCGGCGGGGACCGAUACCUGGAGGACGCCUCCAAUCCCCGCGGGCGCCACGCCUGCCGCGCCCGCGGCGCGGGGAAUAAGAAGUGAGCGCCCGGCCGCAGAGGUAAAGCUCGGGCUCGGGCUGUGCGCCGCGGGGCCACGGUUGGAACGCAGGACCCGGGAGACCGAGCGACCAUGGACGCGCCGCGGGGCAUCGGCACCUUCGUGGUGUGGGACUACGUGGUGUUCGCCGCGAUGCUGCUCAUCUCCGCCGCCAUCGGCAUCUACUACGCCUUCGCGGGGGGCGGCCAGCAGACCUCCAAGGACUUCUUGAUGGGCGGCCGCAGCAUGACAGCCGUGCCCGUGGCGCUGUCCCUCACCGCCAGCUUCAUGUCGGCCGUCACCGUCCUGGGCACACCCUCGGAGGUCUACCGUUUUGGGGCCAUAUUCAGCAUCUUUGCCAUCACUUACUUCUUUGUGGUGGCCAUCAGCGCGGAGGUCUUCCUCCCGGUGUUCUACAAACUGGGAAUUACCAGCACCUACGAGUAUUUAGAGCUUCGAUUUAACAAAUGUGUUCGUCUCUGUGGAACAAUCCUCUUCAUUGUUCUAACGAUUCUCUAUACUGGAAUUGUUAUUUAUGCCCCUGCCCUGGCUUUGAAUCAAGUCACAGGAUUUGAUCUGUGGGGUGCAGUAGUGGCGACAGGUGUGGUCUGCACAUUCUACUGCACACUGGGUGGUCUUAAAGCAGUUGUCUGGACAGAUGUUUUUCAAGUUGGGAUCAUGGUAGCUGGAUUUGCAUCUGUGAUUAUACAGGCUGUAGUGAUUCAAGGUGGGAUCAGCACUAUUCUAAAUGAUGCCUAUAAUGGUGGAAGAUUGAACUUCUGGAAUUUUAAUCCUAACCCUUUGCAAAGACAUACAUUCUGGACAAUUGUUAUAGGAGGGACCUUCACAUGGACCAGCAUCUAUGGUGUCAACCAAUCCCAAGUGCAGAGAUAUAUUGCCUGUAAAAGCAGAUUCCAGGCAAAAAUGUCUCUCUACAUCAAUCUUCUGGGACUCUGGGCAAUCCUCACCUGCUCAGUGCUUUGUGGGCUCGCCCUAUAUUCCAGGUACCAUGACUGUGAUCCUUGGACAGCCAAGAAAGUGUCUGCACCAGACCAGCUCAUGCCUUAUUUGGUACUGGACAUUCUACAAGAUUAUCCGGGUCUUCCUGGACUUUUUGUGGCCUGUGCUUACAGUGGAACAUUAAGCACAGUGUCCUCCAGUAUUAAUGCCUUAGCGGCAGUAACUGUGGAAGAUCUAGUUAAACCUCACUUCAGAUCACUCUCAGAAAGGUCUCUCUCUUGGAUUUCCCAAGGACUGAGUGUGAUGUUUGGAGUUCUGUGUAUUGGAAUGGCUGCACUGGCAUCACUAAUGGGAGCUUUGCUGCAGGCAGCCCUCAGUAUAUUUGGCAUGAUUGGUGGACCACUUCUGGGCUUGUUUGCUUUGGGCAUUUUGGUUCCCUUUGCCAACUCAAUUGGAGCACUUGCUGGUCUUCUGGCUGGAUUUGUUGUUUCUUUGUGGGUAGGAAUUGGAGCUCAACUGUAUCCUCCACUGCCUGAGAGAACUAUGCCACUAAGCCUUGAAACCUAUGGCUGUAACAGCACAUACAAUGUGACAAAUUGGGUGACAACCACAGAAAUGCCAUUUUCUACUAGUGCUUUUCAACUAUAUGGUGCUGAAAGGACUCCACUGAUGGAUAACUGGUAUUCUUUAUCAUAUCUCUACCUCAGCACUCUUGGAACUUUGGUAACAUUAUUCAUGGGAAUGCUAAUCAGUUUACCAACAGGAGGAAGAAAACAAAACUUAGACCGCAGAUUCCUACUAACCAAAGAGGACUUUCUUUCCAAUUUUGACAUUUUUAAGAAAAAGAAGCAUACUUUAAGCUAUAAAUCUCAUCCGAUAGAAGAUGGUGGAACUGAUAACCCUGCCUUCAACCAUAUUGAAUUGAACUUCACAGACCAAAGUGGCAAGAUCAAUGGGACUCGUUUGUGAAGCAGCUGUGAUAUUAGAUGAUCUUAAACAGUGUCCCAAUUUGAUAUAUUUUCUAAGAAAAUUGGGUCGGGUUUAGAUUUUUUUUUGAAGGGGUGGUUCUAUAAUGAGUAAAGUUUGGGGGGAAAUUUUUGUUAAAGCAAAGUCUUGACUCUUCAGUUCCUAGACUCAAUAAUUGAUGCUACUCUGGAGCUAAGAGUUUCAGUGUCAGUGUUUUCCUCUAUUUCUCUUUUAUUUUAAUGAGGCUGCAGUUGUGAAAAUUAUGACCACAUAUGUGCUGAUAGAUUAAUACGCACAUACUUAAUGGUCAAAAGCAUAUUCUUAAAUUUGGUCAUUCAUAAAAGUAUUUUCCAUGCAUUUGGUGCUAGCAUAUCAGUUUUAGGAUUUACCAAAAUCAUAAGUAAUACUGAAAAGAGCUUUCUCUCUUCUACUACAUACUCUAUUUUUUAGAAAACAAUGGGGUGACAGAUCUAUGUUAUCUAGAUCUUUGCUUCACAUUGGUCCAUAUCAGCUCUAUCAGGGAAUGUAUUAACCUUGGAACCAAUUCUGGCUCAGGAAGGUGAUAAUCAAGAAGCAUCCUGUUUGGGAUGAAACAAUGAUCAAGGUCUUCUUGG